CGUCACCAAGGGUUUUUGUGCCGGCAUAUCCGGGACAAUGGUGGCGCCCAUGAGCUGAAAGCGUUGGAAGCGUCUGGAAAGAUUGAAGUUUCUUCAAGAUGGCAGAAGGUGGACCCGAGAGAAACAGGCAACAUUCAAAUAAUCUGCAGGGUCUGCUGAGACUCGCGGUGGAGGCAGGAUCAGUGGGUGAUGCAGCUCCAGAACUGCAUCCCAUGCCUGAAGAGCGAAGGCAGUGGUUGCAGGAUGCACUAUCGGAUGCAUUUAACGGACAGUUGGAUGAAAUUAAACAGCUCAAAGAUUGUCUCCAAAUCCUGAAUGAAACGUCUGAGGAUGAUGCAAGUGACGAGGAAAGACGAUGGAAUGCACUUGACACCGUGGCAGACUUGUGUGAAAACCUUGACAAUGCGCGAGAUUUCUGUAAGCUGGCCGGCAUGCAGCUGGUGGUGAACAAUUACCUGGAAUGUUCGGAUCCCGAGCUGCGAUGGCGGACAGCGCACCUUAUCGGAACGUGCAGCCAAAAUAACCCCUUUGUGCAGGAGCACGUGCUGAACCUGGACACAAUGCCCAAACUCCUGGAUCUUCUCAACAGUGACAACAAUGACAUGGUUCGAAUCAAGGCUCUCUUUGCUGUCUCAUGUCUGGUGCGUGAGCAGGAGGCUGGUUUGCGGGAGUUUGUUGACCACGACGGUUUCUCGGUGUUGAUGAGAGCCAUGCAGAGCAGCGUCGAGAAGCUCAAGGUGAAGGCGGCGUUCUUGCUGCAGAACAUGCUCAUCAGCAGCCCUGAGCACAAAGACGUACUUUGCUCAAUGGGAAUGGUGCAGCAGCUGGUAUCACUCCUACAGACAGAGCACGACCCCUUUCAUGAGCAUGUUCUGGGUGCACUGUGCAGCCUAGUGACCAAUUUCCCGUUCCUCGUGGAUUUCCAGCAGUGUCAAGAACCGGAGCUGGGUCUGGAGGAUAUUUUAAUCGAGAGAUCACGGAUGCUAAAAGAUCAAGAGGAAUUUCAGGAAGAGUUGGAAUUCUGUGAACAGCUGCUACGUGUUUGCUUCAGCCAACCUGAGGAGAAUGGGAUGGACCGGUGAUGCAAGGAGAUGGCCCGCAGAGGUUGCUUACGCCGCAUUGAUGGAAAGAAUUUACCCAACCUUUCAAAUGGCCUCCUGCAACUGCGAUUUGCAAAGCUUUGGAAGCCUGGUGCAUUUUGAAUCGGCUUAUGUAUUACACUUAUUGGGGGGAGAAAAAGACUGUUGAACAAACAUUUAUUUCAAUCUUUUAAUGUUGAUCCAAAAUGUCCCAACACCCAUCCAGUUACCCGGUCACCCUGUCUGUUCAUACUCUGUGUACAACUUUCUCCAGUCGAUUAUUUUUAAUGACCAGUUAGUGAGGUAAAUACACUCAAUCAUUUGUGCCCAGCACAGUCUACAGUUUGUCACUCGCCGUUCGCCGUCUCUUUCUGUGCACCCGUUGGCUUUUCUGGAUUAAAUCCCAGAUGGGGAAUUGGAGAUUUGUAAUUGGCAAUCUUCUUUAGAAUCCCAGACCCACUAGAUUAAUAUGGAACCCUUUGUGUUCUGGCAGUCUCGACAUCCCCUACACAUCUUCUCCUCAGCCCAGGGGAAUGUACAGUUUAUCUCCAACAGGCUGUGCUGUCUAGGUGCUGAGUCCAUGCUCCUGAACCAAGAUACAAACCUCGGUGAGUAAUCCCAGAUGGUGCCUCAGUUGAAUAAUUACCUGGCUCUUUGAUACUGUAGGACCUUUUGCCAUGAACUGCCCUGAGCUGCUCACAGCAGCAAUUACUCCAAAAAAAAUUAACUUUGGGGGCUGUGGGGGUGGGUGCGGAGAGAUGUGUUUUUAAACUGUUAUCUCGCACAAACGUUUUAAUCUUUAAGAUCUGUAAAUCUGAAAACAAUGUGGAGAGAGAAGAGACCUGAGCAGGGUGUGACAGGGCCGUUCAUUAGAGAGUUUCUUACUGCAAGGUUGGUAACCUGCACUGUUGCUGGAGUGAGCAGAUGGAGUUAACCUCUUGCCUGCAGUCUUUGGGUCAGAUGGAGCUCUGAAGGGCUACAGAGACGAAAGGUAUAGGAACAGGAAGAGGCCACUUGGUCCAUUGAGCCUGUUCAGCCAUUCAUUGAGAUCUUUGGUUACCUAACUCCACGUGUUAGCCUUUUCCACACAUCCUCUAAUAUCUUUGGUAAUUUCCUGAGCUGCUCUUUGUGGGAAUUGCCCAGUGCCCUGUAUGGUGUUGAUAGGUGCACAUAGCAUUUUGAGAGUGGAACCAGUCAUUUGAACAUGGUGGUUAUUGUUCAUAAGAAUCUGAAGAGCACAAUACGCUGAUUGCCCCGUGACUGUAACAGGCUGGUGUCAUUUUGUGAAAUCUUUGAUCCUGCUGCAAAGUGUUAGGUUCCGUUUCUGUGAAAACAUUAAAGUGACAUUUGACCCUGUGCACUCUGUGGGGUCUCCUGCCUUUUGUUGUUUCAGUGCCACCACGCCAUUGAUUUGUUGUGGAUGCAAAAACCCUCAUUACAUUUAGAUAAUACUUUGGUUUGGAUUUAGCUGUGAGCUGCAGGAUUAUGGACCCGGUGCUGGAAAUUGGGAUUAGGCAGGGCGGCACGAUCUCAAUGCACUGAAUGCCCUUCCUCUGUUUCAGAAAUUAUUCCUGUAAACGUUCUGUGUAAAUGCGGGAAAAGGGAGCAGACCAUAAGAUAUAGGAGCAGAAUUAGGCCAUUCAGCCCAUCGAGUCUGUCUGCCACUCAAUCGUGGCUGAUUUUUCUUUUCAACCCCAUUCUCCCACCUCUUCAUAACCCCUUAACCCCCCUUACCAAUCAAGAAUCUAUCAAUCUCUGCCUUAAGUACACCCAAUGACUUGGCCUCCACAGCCGUCUGUGACAACAAAUUCCACAGAUUCACCACCAUCUGGCUGAGGAAAUUCCUUCUCAGUUUUAAAGGGACGUCCCUUUAUUCUGAGGCUGUGCCCUCCGAUCCUAGACUCCACGUCCGCUCUAUCCAGGCCAUGAGAACACGAAGGGUUAGUAUUAAGGGAAAGAGGAAACCUCUGUGUAUCUGGAAGUAGCAGCUAAUGCAAAAGUUGGUAGUGAAGCAAUGCGCAGUGAAAUAAAUCCAAUGCUUUUCUGGUCCA